AUGAAGAAUCUUCACAAAUCCACCAAACGAAGUCUGUCCCCAACAUCAAAAGCAGAAGAAACCAUGCAACCCAAGGCAAAGAAAAUAGAAGUUGACUCUGACACCACGAAAGAAGACACAGAGCAAACCCCACACGACAUCAUGAAGAGUUUGAAACUCAUCCCUGCUGUCAAGGCGAUUGACUCGCACUCAGGAACAAAAGUGCAGAGUAUCGACUUUCAAAUCAUGUUCAAGCACGAUGUGAAUGUUGCCAAACGACUUCUUUGUAUCACGACUGCGCCACAUGUUGAUGACCUUUUCAACAUCGGAACAGGUCAUGUGGGUGAUUUCACUCACACAAAGAACGGAUCCAUUGCGCAUCGUGACUAUCCAAACUGCCCGGCCAUAUUCUUUAUCGUCGGCAUCUCAGUCAUGUCUUCAACCAUGGAGGGAGAAAAACAACGCCAAAUUGCGGUCCUCCCCUGCGACCUUACUUGGCCAAGAGGCUUGUCACUCAUAGGCAAAAUAUGCCAUGAGAGGUACCUCGCCUUCUGGACCCAAGAUAAGGGAGUCACCUUCUCAAGCCUUACUAAAACUGGAAAAGAGCCCACCGGCAGCACCGCUCACGAAGGUGAUGAAGAGGAAGAAGAAAAGGCACCUACAGCUAGCAGCAAGCUAUUGAAAUGGAACGAACACAUUCCGACAUUCGAUGGGAAAAAACCGUUCUGUCUCGAAGACUACUGGAAAUUGCCGAAGAUCAACGACGAAAUCGAAAAUGGAACACCAGUCCUCGUAUUCUUCACGGCAAGCACCUAUGAAUACAAAGGUACAGCGCAUAACAGGGAACUACGAAAAAAUGCAUCCAUGAAUGCCAAAGCCAUCGUACUCUUGGCAAACUCCCCAGACAGCUACCAACACGGUGAAAAACCGCCCACAGCAAACUACAGUGAAAAGGACCUCGGGAUCAUGACAGUGAAACCUUUGAAAGAAUCGAAAGUGGCAGGAACAAAAAGCAAAAUGGUUUGA